AAAACACACCUGAAAAGUGUUUGUCUGCAAUACCAGCUGCAUCUGCUUCUGAGCAGCCAUUUCUUUUGUCUUUGAAAGAAUGAGAUGGGACUAAUCAUCAUCUUCCUAUGUGCUUAUGUACUAAAGACAGCAGCAGGUCACUGCAAGUGGGCACAAGUUCUGGAAGAUUUGCAGCAGAUCAAGACAUCCAAAGACAUUGACGUCAGUUUAUAUACUGCAAAUGCAGAUGAGGAUAAAGACUGUCAAGAACUUGUAAUUAGAUGCUUUUUCUUAGAGACAGAAGUGAUUCUUCAGGAAUGUCGUAUAAAAAACUGUAGUAAAACACAGGAUGUAUACAACAUAUGGAAAAAUGGAAAUGCAAGCUUAGAAGAUAGCAAGUUGAAUUCCACAACAUCAGCAAAAUGCAAAGAAUGCGAAGAGUAUGAAGAAAAAGGUUUUACAGAAUUUAUACAGAGUUUUUUAAAGGUUAUACAGAGGCAAUGCAAACACUGA